CCUAAAAUAGAAUUAUUCAACAAAGAAAUUGGAGACAAAAAUUUAAAAAUGCGCACAUCGCGAAAUGAAUUGAAAGAAUCUUGCCCAACGAAUGAAAAACAAAAAAUGACAAAUGAAAUAAAUUAUGUAGAUAACAAAAUAAGAGAUGAUUUCGUAAGUUUUGAAACUGUGUAUUCAAAUUCCAACAAUACAAAAGAUGACUUCAAUAAACAACAGAAACACAAAGAAGAUUUGAAGUUUAAUGAAAUAACUACGAAAGUCACAGAAAUGCAAAAUUGGAAUUUCAACUCGAUGCAUGAAGGAAACAGAGGUAAAACACAAAAAAAUACUCAAGAUAAAUAUAUUGAAUUUGCAAAUACAGGUGAAUGUAAGAGAGAACAUAGAUGGAAACAGCACAGAACCCGAGAUUACGAUAAAAGACGAAACAUAGAUUUGAACACAUUAGGCUUAGAAACAACUGAAUCCCUAGCAAACCAGAAAUAUCCACAGAUGAAUUCAUAGAUCUAAGAAAACCCGAACAAGAAUUUUGAUCACAAUAUUUUCUCAAGGGCGCUUUCAGCAGAAAGAUCGGUGACGCAAGUUGCUCCGCUACUGAUAGAGGUAUCAGUUUGAUAACGUUAGUAUUAUCUGCUUGACAGGUUGCUCAUUUUCUUGACAGUGCCCUGAUGUUUUAAGAAAAACAAGAUGUUCUGUGGGUCCUUCUUGAAGGUUAUGUUAUGAUGAGGGACAAUUUUCUGUUUAAAUAUAUAUAUUUUAAUUUCGAA